CACCUGAUGAUAUGAAGUCGGAAGUAGCGCGAAAAGAAACGCCGAUUGCAAAAAAAAAAAAAAAAAACAUGACAGCGUCUUUUAAGUCUGGUUCUGCCUCGGGUAUAACUUUGUUCAAUGCAGGAAACGUAGUGUAACAGAUCUGGCGUGCCUUCUUUUAUUUACUGAUCCUGAUAUGAAGGCGUUCUGGAAAGGACUGUCGAUUUUAGUGUGCGUUUGGAGUUUGUGCAUUUCACGUAGGCAAGUGGAAACGUCCAGGUCCGAGUCCCGUCUCUUGAGUGGGAAAUGGGGGCUACGGAACUCAAACGGGUCACUGUCACUCGCUGCAGACGUUCCCGGCUGCGUGCACUCCGCACUCCUCAGACAGGGACUAAUUCAGGACCCCUACUACAGGCUCAAUGACUUGGCCUACAGGUGGAUUUCACUCGAUAACUGGACCUAUACCACUACUUUUUCUGUGCCCCGGGGGACCAGGCAAAAGCAGAGGGUUAGUUUGGUGUUUGAUGGCGUGGACACUGUGUCGACUAUCUCCCUCAAUGAUGUUAUCGUGGGGACAACAGACAACAUGUUCCGCAGAUAUGACUUUGACGUCAGCAUGACGCUGAGGCAAGGCGACAACGUGCUGGUGGUUGACCUGGUUUCUGCAGUGGGCUACUCGGCACGCCGCAGCCAGGCCCAUACCACAUACAAAGUGCCCCCCGCCUGCCCCCCACCCGUGCAGAAGGGCGAGUGUCACGUCAACUUCAUCCGUAAGGCACAGAGCUCCUUCAGCUGGGAUUGGGGCCCAUCUUUUCCCACUCAAGGAAUCUGGAGGGAUGUUCGGCUAGAGUCCUACGAUAUUCUGCGGCUGCUCUAUCUCUCUGCUGCCCCAGCAUUUGACUCCAGCUCCUCCCUGUGGAGUGUGGAGGUGGAGCUGGUCUUCGAUACCGUAAUGGCUGUCGAGGGAUACGUGAAGCUGGCCCUUGCUGAUUUAGCUACGCAGCAAACCUUCCAGGCAUCGCUACCCCCUGGACAGAGUAAUAACACAUUCAUCCUCCAUGUAAACAAGAGUUCCCCAGUGGACCUUUGGUGGCCCGCCGGAUAUGGAAAACAGAACCGGUACCAAAUGAACGUGCAGAUGAUGCUAGAUGGGGGACUCGUCUUGGACACGGUCACUCAGGUAUAUUUUCGAACCGUAGAGCUGAUCCAGAAACCAAUCCCUGGAUCCCCCGGCAUGAGCUUCUACUUCCAGAUCAACGGGAGGCCAGUCUUCCUCAAAGGCUCCAACUGGAUCCCAGCCCACUCAUUCCAGGAUCAGGUCACGCCUGAAACGCUGAAGAACCUACUCCAGUCGGCCGUGGAUGCCAACAUGAACACCCUGAGAGUGUGGGGAGGUGGCAUUUACGAGCAAGACCAAUUUUACAGCAUCUGCGAUGAGCUUGGGCUCAUGAUCUGGCAGGACUUCAUGUUCGCAUGUGCGCUGUACCCCACAGAGUCAGACUUCAUGGAGACCGUGAGAGAGGAAGUGACUCACCAGCUGAGGAGGUUGAAAUCCCAUCCCUCUAUCAUCGUGUGGAGCGGUAAUAACGAGAAUGAGGCGGCGAUCGCAACCAACUGGUUCGGAAUACCCCAGUCAGAGCAGCCGCAGUACGUGAAGGAUUACACCUCCCUCUAUGUGGACAACAUCCGCAGCAUCGUCCUCAGAGUGGAUCGGACCCGCCCCUUCCUCACCUCCAGCCCCACCAACGGGGCAGAGUCAGAGAAGGAAGGCUGGGUGGCACAGAAUCCGUACGACACCCACUACGGGGACACCCACUAUUACAACUACUUAGCCGACUGCUGGGAUUGGAGGAACUUCCCACGGACGCGCUUGGCCUCUGAGUACGGCUUCCAGUCCUGGCCGUCUCUGUCUACACUGAUGAAGGUCUCCGUGCCUGAAGACUGGAGAUACAGCAGCCUCUUCUCCUCCCAUCGUCAGCACCACCUGGCUGGCAACAUGGAGAUGCUGCUGCAGGCGGCUCUGCAUUUUCACCUACCCCAAUCUCCCCAUCCCUUACAGGAGUAUAGAGACACGCUCUACCUCACACAGGUGAUGCAGGCGCAGUGUGUGAAAGCUCAGACAGAGUUCUACCGCCGGAGUCGAAGUGAGAUCAUCGAAGGCCAGGGCCAUACGAUGGGCGCCCUCUACUGGCAACUCAAUGACAUUUGGCAAGGCCCCUCCUGGGCCUCUAUUGAGUUUGGGGGGAAGUGGAAGAUGCUGCACUACUUUGCCAAAGAUUUCUUUGCUCCUGUGCUGCCGGUGGGCUUCCAGGACCAGGGCAAUCUGCUGAUCUAUGCCGUGUCGGACCUGAACAAUAACAAAACUCUUAGCGCGGUGAUCACAGUGUACCAGUGGAGCAGCUUGGAGCCGGUGUGCACUGUGACCUCUGGGGCGGCGCCAGUGAGCGGAGGAACAGCUCUUCCCCUGUACAAAACGCCACUUAAGGAGCUGUUGGCAAACUGCGCAAAUUGCACCGUGCAAACCUGCCUGCUAACGUUCCAUCUUGAGGAGGCUGGGCGCCAGCUUGGCCCCAUGAACCACCUCCUCCUGAGCUCCCCCAAGGAGGCCCAGGGGCUACAGAAGCCUGACAUCACAACAAAGGUCCAGCAAGACGGAAACACCUUCACGGUUACCAUCCAGACCUCGGCCAUCGCCCCCUUCCUGUGGCUGGACGUGGGUGACAUUCCCGGACGAUUUGACUCGAAUGGUUUCUUAAUGGUCACCAAGAGCCGGUCAGUGCAGUUCUACCCCUGGGCUCCCACAAGCGUUGCUCAGCUUUCCCAGGUGCUGACGGUCUCCUCCCUGAGGGGUGUGUACUGACCCCCACAAGUGGUGCACCAUGAUCAUCUCGCCAAUUUUCUUUGAAAUUAAUCCAUUUAAAUUGAACUCCCUUCUUGGUCUUAUCGGGAAAUCCUUAUACUGAAUGAAUGUCUGUGCAACUAAAUCAAAUGUUGCCUUGGAACAAGCGGUUGGGAAACAAUUGUACACAACAAGCAUCCCCCAGUAAUUUGUGGUACAUAUUCUGCAGUAAUUUUACAAUGUGCCUGGUGUGGAUAAUGACUGGAAAAUAUAGUAAUGAAUGUCCAAAGCACUUUACAAAAUUUUAUUAUAAAAAGUAUUACAGUCAUGCCAAAUAAAAGCAAACAAAAUAAAGUAGCUUUUAGUCGAGUUUAUAUAGAACAAAAUGAAUUUGGUACAUAAAACAUUUGGCUGUUAGUGCAGGGCACAUCAAAUUUCUAUAUGACAGGGACCAUAAGUGCUGUAAGUAGUAACAUUCCAGACAUGCAUGAGGGACGGUUUCCCUUUAGCAAAGGUGCUGAUGUUUUUCUAAUUCUGGAAAACCUCUAUUCAACACAGAGUACUUUGCAAUAAAUAUGCUUCAACGUUUA